CCGGGCUCGCGCGGCCGGAGCGUGCUUUCGCCGCCCGGGAGCCUUCCGGCCUAGCAGUCCGUGAGGCCCCCGCGGUUCCCUCCCCUCCUGCGUCCCGUGAACCGGCUCGGUCCGGAGCCGCGCGCGGAGCGUUCGGGCAUGCCCCGCUACGAGCUGGCUUUGAUCCUGAAAGCCAUGCAGCGGCCAGAGACCGCUGCUGCUUUGAAACGUACAAUAGAAGCCCUGAUGGACAGAGGGGCGGUAGUGAGGAGCUUGGAAAAUCUGGGUGACCGAGCACUGCCUUAUAAGAUUUCUGCCCACAGUCAGCGGCACAGUAGAGGAGGGUAUUUCUUGGUGGAUUUUUAUGCACCAACAACCGCUGUGGAAAGCAUAAUGGAACAUUUGUCUCGAGACAUUGAUGUGAUUAGACCGAAUGUUGUAAAACACCCUCUGACCCAGGAAGUAAAAGCGUGUGAAGGGAUUGUCCCAGUCCCACUUGAAGAAAAACUAUAUUCCACGAAGAAGAGGAAGUGAGAAGAUUUACCAGAUUAUAGCUUUAUAUUUAAUUCUAUCACUUUUGAGUACCAUGGAUUAAUAAUUUACAGACUUGACCCUUAUAUAAGAGUGUGUUACAGGUGCCAUUUGAUUUUUCGAAGGUAUUUUUUAGCUCUUGAUCUCCCUUGCCCUAAGAGGUUGGGGAAGGGCUCGGCUUAGAGCCACUUUGUAAUCUGUGGUACCAGCAUGUUGUUCUUGACUUCAUUUCAUUCGUGUGAUUUUUUUUGUUGGUGGGGACUUUGCCCUACAACAACGCUAACACCAUUUUGAAGAGCAAAGCUUCCGAAAACUGCCUCAGACUGCAAGCUCGUUAUUCAGGCUAGUCAACCAUGCAAAAUAAAAAUUUAAGACCACUGCAUUUAUAUGAGUAACUUUUGACCAGAAUAAUAAACAUAAUUUCAGAAAAA